AUGACGAGCCCACCAGCUUCCCCGCGACGGCGGCACAUCCUGUCAUCCGUCAACCCGGAGGAGCGUCACGAGGAGGCGCCGCGGUCCAAGAAGCGCAGCUCACCUGGCGCGACAGAGUCGAUUACGGAAGAACAUGCGACAGCAGAUGACGGCCCAGACCUACAGCCUAGACCGUCGCGCAUUCGUCUCAAGUCGAGACACUCCAAGUCAAGCAGAUCACAUGGCGACCGCGACGAUACCGAACACCGUUCCUCACAUCACCGCCAUCACCACCGUCGGCGACAUCGCAGACGGUCGAGAUCGCCAACGCCACCAAAUCCCUACGAACAACAGGCACUCGACCCGGAUGCCGCGUUUCGUGAGUCCCUGUUCGACGCGAUGGCGGACGACGAGGGCGCAGACUACUGGCAAAGCGUCUACGGGCAGCCGAUACACGUUUACUCCAACGAGCGACCCGGCCCAGACGGCGAGCUGGAGCGCAUGACGGACGAGGAAUACGCCCAGCACGUCAGGCGGAAAAUGUGGGAGAAGACGCACCAGGGCUUGAUCGAGGAGAGGGCCCGUCGAGAGGAGGCACGGAAACACAAACGCGAGGAGGAGAAGAUGAAUCGGAAGCUGCAGGAAGACAUGGAACGGAGCCUCCGGCGCGGGGAGGAGCGCCGUCGGAGGAGGACGUGGACGCGGCUCUGGGAAGAGUACGCACACGCCUGGUCGGAAUGGUCCAACGAUGCGGAGAAGAUACCGUGGCCCGUGGAAAGUGGACGGUGCAAAGACAUCAACGAAAAGGAGGUCAGGCGGUUCAUCGUGAACGGGCUGGCAGUGGAGGACAUUGGCGAGAAGGAGUUCGCCGCAAAGCUACGCGAGGAACGCGUGCGGUGGCAUCCGGACAAGAUGCAGCAAAAGCUCGGGGGCCAGGUGGACGAGGCCAUCAUGAAGGACAUUACGGCCAUUUUCCAAAUCAUUGACAAGUUAUGGGCAGAUACCCGGUCGAAGGCGUAA